CGCCAGUCUGUACAGUCCCCUCUCCCGCUUCAGUAUUACCAUAGUCUGUAAUAACAUAAACCUGCAUAGUGGAAUCUGAAAUGUGAAAUCACCCUCGGUAAUGAAUCUUUCCCCAAAUCAAUGAACACUUGAUUGUCAUCAGUGAAUAUAAUAUAAAGCAUAAUGAUGUGGAGCCUACCUUGAACUUGUCUUUAAUAGACGAUUAUGGUGAAAAAAGGGAAAGGACACUGAUUUCCCACAUAACUUUCACCGUUUCUUAAUCACCUUGCAACAAUGGCGGGGACUCGUUGCAACCUCCACCGACUGUUUGCAGCGUUGCUCCUGAUCUCAUCGCUGUCCUUGGUAUUCCUGUUCAACCUCCAUGACUUCGUCCUCGAGGUGAGACAAGGCCCGUACCUCCAACGCAGCAACGCGGGAGGUCAAGAUGAGAAAGCGGCAGCAAAGGAAUCCCUUUCUGACGCGGAGGAGGCCCUCCUGGAGGCGUACAGUGGAAAGGACCAGAAGCCUGGACAAAUCCAGGGGCAGGGUGAGGUAAAAGCACAGGUCCUGCAGCCUCCGAAACCAGAGGUGAAAGUCCUACAACCACCUGCAAAAAUCCUAGAACCACCGGCGAAAGUCCUACAACCACUACAGUCACAAGUUCCCGCGCCUCCAGAACCUCCUCCGAUGCCAAAGAACGCCCCAGAGCCUCCAAAAGGCAAACCAGAAUCCCCAAUGACGUCAGAGAAAACCCUCGAGCCUCCAGGACCGACAAAAAAAAGUUCCGAAAAGCCAUCGAAGCCCACAGCACUGGGACCCCGGCAGACGAGCGCCCCCAAGCCAGCCACGUCGAAGCCGAAAGCCGUACCGGAGUGGGUUAAUAAGUCUGCCAACUGUCUUCCUCUGCCUGGGACGUUCCACGUUGUUCCGAUCCCUCAGGAAGAUUGCAAUGAACCCCACGUUGUCAUGCACGCGGGAGGCCAGCUGGGCAACAAGAUGUGUCAGUAUAUAAGUCUGUAUCUCCUUCGACAUAUCUACGGCGUUCGAGUGUCCAUCACGCCCCGCAUGAAGGAGGUCCUGUCAUGGUACUUCGUCAACGUCAGCCUGCCGAUCCAGGACCCCGAGUGCUUCACCAAGGACACCCUCCGGAUCACCUUCGACGACCUGUACCUCCUGCUGCAGUCCAGGGCGUCGUCGAAGUCGUCAGGCAUCGGCGGGGUCGUCCGGACGCGCCUCAUGGACAGGUCGUACUACAUCUACCACCACCCUUGCCCUCGGGACGUCAUCAUGGCCCACAGGAACCUCGUCAGGAGCGUCCUCGCGUUUAAAGAAGAAGUCCUGACGCAGGCGAGGAGCAACUUGCAGGAGGCCCUCCACAGGAUCCGGUGGCCCUUCCCUCGAGACAACACGACUGUCGUCUCCGUCCACGUGAGGCGUCGAGACUACACGACCUACAUCCUCAAGCACUACAACCUGACGCAGCUCGACGAGACUUACUUCAGGAGGGCGUUUCAGCACUUCCGCGACAGAGUGGUGAAUCCUGUGUUUGUGGUGGUGAGUGAUGACCAUUCGUGGUGUCACAAAGUACUGGAAGGUGGUGAUGUGGUGGUUGCUGGAAGCCAAAAGAACCCAGUGAACGACAUCGCUCUCCUCUCCCUCGGCGAUCACACCAUCAUCAGCUACGGAACAUUUAGUUUCAUGGGGGCGACUUUGGCUCAAGGAAAGAUCGCCCACCCUGUGAAUAAUAACGAUAAGUAUUCUCACUACGACUGCGUGGACGACCCAGCCAUUCUGCCGAUCAACAGGGAUACGGACGAUUCUCCUGGUCCUGUGAGGAACGAAAUAAAGACUUAGGAUAGGGGGCUGUAAGGGUCGGAAUUGUGUGUGUUACAAGCGAUGGAUAUUUGAUGUUUUUGAUAUCUCUGUUUUCUCUGUAAUAAGGAAUAAAAGCUGCCACUCGUACGUGUAUAACGAUGGUGUUAAUAUUAAUGUAAGUUCCCUUUGUGUAUCGUGUCCCUCAAAGAAUUGUUGAGUAUUUUUUUCUUUAAUAAUACAGUGAAUUAAGGGGAAAAAUGAAUGGAGUGAAAUCACUACGUGUUUCUUGUGGUUUAAUGACCGGCUAAUAAGUUUCUAUAAUUCAAACACACACGCACACGCACACACACACACACACACACACACACACUCUGUCACUAUACUGGAUACCUUCUCAUAUAGGAAUAUCACUAUGUGACAGGGCUGAUCAAUUAGCCAGGUUAGCACUUUCCCAUGAAGAUCCAUACUAUGUAAUACCGCUAUCUCUCAAUCAAAUGAAAAAACGAGUUAUCAACUGUCUUAGAGAUUAUGAGGAUCGGGUAUGGACCAAUGAAAAAAUGAAAAAAGACGGACAUGGUACUAUCUGGCACUACGAGAGUAUUGUUGGGACAUCAAAUUUAGACAAGCCCUAUAAAGUCUAUUACGGACUGUCUCGGAGACAACAGGUUACAUUAACUAGGCUACGCAUAGGAUAUCAGUACACUAUACAAUAUGUACAGGAUGCAGUUUUGGAUGCAUUACCUGUUUCAUAUCACCAUUGCAAACUGUGCAAGGAACCCAAGUCGCAUAAUCUCACUCAUUACUUACUCUGCUGCAUAAAGACUGCAUCCUAUCGAUCAAAUAGUACUGUUGACAGAAUAGCGCUUGUUGAUUAUAUUAACUUUAUUAUAGACACUGGUCUUAUCUUUGACAUGAUUAGUGAUGUAAAAGUUUUUUUUACCAGUCAGAUGAUAUUUUAAUAUUGUGAUAAUAGAACAGCCCUUCAGGCAUGUAUGUAACACUAAUGUUUGACCAAUGGCCCUCUACACAAAUAGAAGCACAGCCAGUUUGGAUAGAUGCUUUGGUAUCUUACCCUGGC